UCAAUCUCCAAUUGUAGAAGAUUUCUGACCCAACUGCAGAAGAGUUCAACUUUCUCACCGCCAUUCUGAGGAGACAGCAAAAUGAGCAAGAAGAGAGUGUUGGUGGUGGGAGGCACUGGCUAUUUGGGUCAGCAUCUCCUACAAGGUUUUUCAGAGAUCCAAGGCCAUCCGUUCGAUUUGGCCUUUACCCACCACUCCACUCCUCCUCAGCCCUUGGUACAUGCCAUUCCUCACUCGCGGGCUUUUCAUGUUAACUUACAGUCUGGGGAAGGGUUCGAAGCCAUCUCACGCUCAUUUGGCCAGCCUCAUGUAGUCGUGAAUUGUGCUGCAAUAUCCGUACCACGAUCCUGUGAGAUGGAUCCCGCUGCUGCUAUGUCCAUUAAUGUUCCUUCUUCUCUUGUAAAGUGGUUAUUGAGCUUUGAAGAGAGUAAUACUCUUCUUAUUCAUCUAUCAACUGAUCAAGUUUAUGAAGGGGUAAAGUCCUUCUACAAAGAAGAGGAUGAAACAGUUCCUGUGAAUGUUUAUGGAAAAUCAAAAGUGGCAGCAGAGCAGUUUAUUUCCACAAAUUUCUCAAAUUAUGCAAUUUUGAGAAGCAGCAUCAUCAUUGGGCCACAGGCUAUAUCACCUGUUCCAAAGUCACUUCCAAUUCAGUGGAUUGAUGGUGUCCUCUCUAGGGGGGAUAAGAUGGACUUCUUUUAUGAUGAGUUUCGCUGCCCAGUUUAUGUCAAAGAUGUGGUGGCUAUCAUACUAGCUUUAACAACCAGAUGGAUAGCAGAGGGUAAGCAAAUGAAGUUGAUCCUCAAUGCUGGUGGACCAGACAGGGUUUCCCGAGCUCAAAUAGCUGAGACUGUAGCAGAUGUUAGAGGAUACGACACCUCAUUAAUCAGACCAGUGUCUGCAUCAUCAGUUGACCGUGGCGUUAAGUCCCCAGUUGACAUAUCCAUGGAUAUAACUAAACUGAUUCAGACACUUCAUAUCUCACCUACUUCCUUUAGAGCAGGUGUUCAGCUCACACUGGAAAGUCAGGCCAGUUCUUGAUUUUAGAUGUUCUUUCCGUAAAUUGUUGUUUAAUGCAUGAUAGCUUGUUGCCCAUUGGGGUAAAAGAUGGAUUCCAAAACCUGAUUAUUUUGUUUGAUUGUGUUGGGUACUGAGGAAAAAUAAAUCUAGGAAAUGCUUCCAGAAAAACAGCCAUUACUUCUGUUCUGUGUGCUAUUGUUGUAAACAAAUUCUACAGUCGUGAAACAUAUGAAAAUAACCAUUUUUAUGGAAUUCAAUUUAUGGGAAUCUCUUUUAUCUCC